UCAAAAAUUCUUUAUUUUUUCCCCAUUCCCGCCAUUUGAAAUUAUCUCUUCUUCACCAUUUCUUACAACCUUAUACCAACCCCACCACCACUACCGAACCGAACCAAACCAAACCAAACACAAAAGAAAUGGAAGUUAAACGCCGAACCGCUCGAACCCUUGUUGCCAAACUAAGCUCAGUUUCCGAACAAACCCGAACUGAAGCUUUGUCCGAAUUAAGGCUAAUUUCCAAACACGACCCCGAAAGCCGACAGUUAAUAGCCGAAGCCGGAGCCGUCCCUUACCUUUCCGAAACGCUUUACUCUUCUUCUCCGACUAUACAAGAAAAUGCUGCCGCUACUUUGUUGAAUCUCUCCAUUACUUCACGCUGUUCUCUCAUGUCCACGCGCGGCCUCCUCGACGCGUUAUCUCACGCGUUGAGUAAUUCAUCUUCACCUGCCGUGGUUCAGUCCUGCGCCGCCACGCUUCACAGCCUACUCAUAGCUGACGAGUUUUACCGUCCGAUAAUUGGGUCGAAACGUGAUAUUCUUUACUCGCUGUUGUCGAUUAUCACCGCGGCCAACGCGCCACCGCGGUCGAUAAAGGAUGCGUUGAAGGCGUUGUUCGGGAUCGCGCUUUACCAGUUGAAUCGGGCGAGUUUGGUGGAUCUCGGGGCGGUUCCUGCCUUGGUGUUGUUGAUAGUGAGGGAUGCGAGGACGGGGAUCGUGGAGGAUGCCACGGCGGUGCUGGCGCAGAUUGCUGGGUGCGAAGAGAGUGAAGAAGCGAUGAGGAAGGCGGGUGGAUUUGGGGCUUUGGGUGAUUUGUUGGAUGAAGGGACUGGAGCUAGUGGAAGAAUAAGGGAAAACGCGGUGGCGGCUCUGUUGAAUUUGGCUCGGUGCAGCAGCGAGAAGGGAAGGCAAGAAGUGAGAGAAAUGGGGGUUAAAGUUAUGGAAGGUAUUGCAGAUCUGGCGGAGAAUGGAAGUGCUAAAGGGAAGAGUAAGGCGGUUGAGUUGUUGAAAUUUGUUGUUGAUGGAAAUGAGGUGAGGGACUUUAGAUUUAAUAAUUUCAAUGAUUUGAUGAAUCAUUCUAUAUGAUGUGUUUUAGGUUUUUUAUUUUUUGUUGUAGAUUCAGGAGAUUAGU